ACACCACAAGCAAAAAAACCAAAAAAAAACUCAAAAACUCAAAUUGACAAACAAAUUCUGAGUUUUUCAGAUUUCAGAUUUGACUUUUUUCUCGCUCUCCGACGAUGGACGUGUUCAUGAAGGGUUUUUCGAUGGCCAAGGAGGGAGUGGUAGCUGCUGCGGAGAAGACCAAAGCAGGGAUGGAGGAGGCUGCAGCUAAAACUAAAGAGGGAGUCAUGUAUGUAGGCAACAAGACAAAGGAGGGAGUGACUGCAUCAGUAAACACAGUGGCUAACAAGACUGUGGACCAGGCCAACAUCGUCGCAGACACAACGGUUGCCGGGGCCAACGAGGUUUCCCAGGCAACGGUGGAGGGAGUCGAGAACGUCGCCGCGUCAGCCGGAUUCAUCAACCAGGAGGAGCCAGUAUACGAGGGAGAAUAUGGUGGAAUGGAACAGGGAGGUCAAGGAGGAGAGGGAUAUUAGCCCACCCACCUCAGGACCCCCCUCCUCGCCCGUGCCCUUGCCUUGCUGUACCAGACUCCAGAUGUUCAGCAUAUUUUUUGUGACUUUAUGGAACCAAAUCUCCAAAAAAACAGACUUUUCUUG